UCCGCGGGUGCGCGGGCCGGGCGCCUCUCCGCGCCCCGACACCUGGGGCUUCCACCUUUCCAGCCUCCCUUGGCCGAAUUGCGGGGCAGCCCGGCGUCAGGGGGCGCCCAGGAGCCGGGGGGAAAACCGUAAGGCGCUGGCGGGAGCCUCCAGGCGGUGUAUCCCCAACCUCCCACCUCCCCGCGCCCCGCCCCGAGGUCGGGGCUUUGGAAGAUGCAGCCGGGAAAAACAUUAACUUUUGAGCUACAUCAAGAAUAGCAUCAUCUACAUGGGCAUUCCCUCCUCCUACAAUUUCAGAAAACCUUUGGUAACUAAUUGAGAAAAUGCAGAAGAUCUUGCAAACAGAUGAAAUUACCGAUACCCAAGCUCUCAGAACAGGGAAGAGGAAAAGGACGGAGACAAUGGACUCAGAGAAUGCAAAUAGUGACAUGGAUAAAGGACAGAGAGACCCAUUUUCGGGAAAUGCCUUUCUGCCCGGUGAGAGCUCCAGUGAGGAUGAAGAGCCUUUAACAGAAUUGUCAAAGGAGGAAUUGUGCACGAAAAUAAAAAGCCUGAAACAAAAACUAACAAACACCAGGAAAGAAAACAGCCGACUUCGACAGUCUUUGGUCAUGCUUCAAGUGUUACCACAGGCAGUCACCCAGUUUGAAGAAUUGGUUGGCAUGGCGGAGUCUCUGCUUAAGGGUGGAGGAACCAUGGCUACAUCAGCGUCCACCCUCUGGAGAGCAACGAACAACUCCUCACCAGAUUCAUUUGCCUCAACGUGGAGUAAUUCUAAUUCUAAUUCCAGUUCACCAAUUUCCUUGAAAGCUGAUGAAGAGCAUCAUGCCGGUGAGCAACAGUUCAAGAUUGAAAAAUGGCAGAUUGCCCGUUGUAACAAGAGCAAACCUCAGAAGUUUAUUAAUGAUUUAAUGCAAGUACUUUACACAAAUGAAUACAUGGCCACACACAGUCUGACAGGGGCAAAAUCCUCUACUUCAAGGGACAAAGCCGUAAAACCAGCUAUGAAUCAGAAUGAAGUCCAAGAAAUCAUAGGAGUCACAAAACAGUUAUUCCCCAACACAGAUGAUGUUUCUAUCAGGAGAAUGAUAGGGCAAAAGCUGAACAACUGUACCAAGAAGCCAAAUUUAAGCAAAAAUCUGAACUCUCAGGAUAUUAGGCAGAUCCUUUUGGUAUUAUAGGUACCUGAAACAAAGCACCUUCAGUUCUA